GGCCAUCUCUUUUUUGCAACAUCAUUUGUCCAACUUUUGUCUGGACAAUGUUAACCACUUCGAACAUAUUGGUUUCCCCAGAGAUCAGUAUGAUGAAGUGUGGCCUCGAGGAACUGCCGCAUCGGUUUGUAUGGUUGUCUGUAUGAAGACCCAAAAUAUUCCAUCAUACUUGACUUUUUAUUAUUACUCGUUCAUCUGUCAUUCAGCCUUGCUGCCUUUGAGGAAUUCGUUACACCAGACCUGGAUUGGAGUGAGCUUGUGAAUUCAUGAAUGAGAGAUUUAAUCAAUCACUGAUUACGAUUAAAAAGAACUCGAUUGCGAAUGAAUGUGAGGCGAUUAGAGAAAUUGGAAAUUGAGACUGGAAAUUUGAUAAUUCGACAAGGAAACAACAGUGAGAGGCAACAGUGAGGCAUUGAGAGAUAGGUCGACAAUGGUUGGCGUUAAGGACAAGAUAGUCGGUUUGCUGAAGGGCAAGAAGAAGAGUGAGGAGGAAUCAGAGUUAGAGCCAGAAAUUGAGGAGGAAUUUGAACAGAGACCGAGGAGAGAGCGCAGAAAACAUCGGAGAAGUAGGAGAAAUCGAGAGAAACACUCAAGGGAUGGAGAGGACGAGGGUGAUGGAUAUGGUUCGAUUUCUUCCCGCAAACAUCGAAAUCGAGACAAUAGAGAUCGCGAAGAUGAUGAAAAUCCUCGCAGACAUCAUUCGGUCAAUUUGAGUGCCUCGACUUCUCGUUCACCACAUACAGAUUAUCGACGUCGCGCAGAUGAUGAAUCUCAUUCGAAUAGAUUAAACAAUCCUACCUCUCUUUCGCCUCACCAUGCAAGACCUAGUACAGGCAAAUCUUCAAAAUAUGCAGAGGAGGGUGUAAGAGCGCCCAAGGUUAACUCAUUGAUGGAAUGGCCACCUGUUGACUUAUCAAACGACGCCGAAUUGUCACAAGGAAAAGCGAUGCAAUUGAUUGCUAAUGGAGUUCCCGUUUUUAAAGGAACAAUGGAAUCGAUCGCACAUGCUUCCGACGAAUACUUUGCGCUAUAUGCGACUUGUAAUGGGAAUGGAGGGGCUGGAAGUGAUCGCGCGGAGAUUUUUAGUAGGGCAUUUAUGGCCGAUUCCAUGCGGUUACAAGCGCCUGGUGAGGCAAAUCGGCCAUGGGAGUCUCUUGAGCAGCCUAGUAUGGCUUUCUAUUAUGGCACGUUGAGAGGUACUAUUACGUUGAAUCACUGGUGCAGUGUAAAUGGUAAUCCACAUGCCCCAAUCGAGCUUCGCGAUUCAGGUGUCCAAACGCUGAGGGAUGUGGAUUUGCAAAUCAUAUUGGAUCGCUUGAUAUACUUGGAAGCUGGGAUUGAUGAUGAGAGUGAAGAUAUGUUAUAUAAGAGUUUAUACAAAGUAUUACUCAAGGAUCUCGACAAAUCCUUCAUUGCCAAAAAGGGGAUGGAGAAACAGAUUGCGGAUCUGAUAAUUGCGUUGUCAAGACGUGAAUGGAUUGAUUUCAGUCAACCUAAAAAUCAUGUUGUGGCUAAGUUCUUUGCUGAUGGGGCAUAUUCUGAUCAUGGAAGAUAUCGAGCGUUUUUUCACCAGUUACUAUUGAGCAUGGAGUUGGAAUUGAGAAUCCAGUCAAAACACCAUUCGGAGGAAGCAAAAGAGAGGUUGUUGGCGCAAUUACCACCGUGGAUCUCUUGGGACCUAGCUGUUGCGAAGAAGUGGAGAGAGUGCAUGACUAUUGAAAAGUAUAAAACUGGUGAUGAAUUUCAACAGAUUAAAUUCAGACUUCUAAAGAAGAGAUCGCAAGUUAAAGCUUUGCGCAAAUUCGCAAGAGCUAUGAAGUGGCCCAAUUUAGCGAUGGUGGAUGAAGCUCUAAAAGAGCUAGAUCCAGAUGCUUCACCUCUUGAAGAUCGUUCUGCAGAUGCUAUGUCGUUUUGCACCGGCCUAAUUCUACCCGGACCCACGCAACCGUGGCUUCUUAUGAACACUUUGAUCGACUGUGAUGAAGAUGGAGGUGUUGACCUUGGGGGUCUUACGCAUAUGUAUCCGAACUCCGGCUUUCAAUACAGAGGUAGUACGUUCUGGGCAUCAACUUCUAUUGUUGGUAAAGUUCUUGCUCCCACCUGUCAAGAGAUUGCAGGUUGGGUUGGCCCAGCUCUCGCUUCCACGGAUAUCGAACGCACUCAAGUGUUGCGGAUUCGUCAACGUGUGACUCCUCAAGUUAUUACCAAGACCGACGUCCUAAGCAUGCGAGUUCGAUCUGAUCCUCUUGGUCCCCCUGACCCUGGCGAUCCAGUCUAUCCCGUCAGUGAAUUUGUGUUACCCAAGCUAGACUUGGUCUCACCACCUAUAGAUAACAUUCGCAUUGAAAAAUUAGCAUUCGAAGUAGCAAAACCAAAUCAGCAGCUCGACGGCGGAUCUCCAAAGAGAAGUAGUGAAAUAGGAAAGAGACCGCCUACUUAUGAUGCCUGUGUGGUUUUUGCUAGAAAAGGCCAAUCGCAUUGGUUGAGAUUAGCUCAUGAUGUUUCAUUCAUCACCGCAUAUCCUUGUUCCAAUGGUCCUCAUCCUCUUUUCUUCGAUUAUGUGUAUAAGAUUGCGCGCAUGAAUCAAUUGCUCGAUAUACAUAAUUGGGCAGGUGUUGGCGGGGAUAAUUUAAACGAGGAUCUACAGUUAGGAUGGGCGCCGGAACCCGAGGAACUUGGGGUUCAGGGGAGUUGGGAAGAAGGUUACGAUUGGAAGGGAGCAAAGUGGAGCUUUAAGGAACUUAUGGAGGGGGUGGAUAAGGAUACGGUAUUGGUGAUCGAGGCUUGGGGCGUGGAGGAUAAUGAAUGUAUGGCGAGAGCGUGGUGUAGUCAUUGGGGAUUGAAUGCGGUGGUGGCGGUGGUGGGGAAGUCGUGUUUGAGUUGUGCGGUUAGGGAGGCGUAUGCGGCGGCGAUUAAUGUGGUUAUUUUUGUGGGGAGGGAGUGAGGGGAAGGGAAGGUAUGAGGGAAGGUGAUUGGGAGAAUCUUGGGGGGGAGUUGUAUUAUACUUUGGGAGUUUCAAUGGUGUUAACGGGAGGGGGGGGGCUUCUACUGUGCUUUAAAAGCAUCAACUGGGUGGGAUAGAGUUGGGUGGAGUAGGAGAAUAUACCAGGGUUCUUUAUUAUUUAGCGGGAUUUAGAGGUCUAGGAGCGGUUGGGAUAGAGGAUAAGUGCCAUGAUUCGUUAUGGGAUGAUAUGGUGAUAUGAUCGGACAUCCUUCAUACUACGAUAGUCAGUUAGUCAAUUAGUCAGUUAGUCAAUUAAUGAAUGGAAUUGCGAAACUAUCA